GACUAGACAUGAACGUGUCAAAGCGCACAGCAUAAUGGAAAAGACCUGCGCCUGGUGCUAACUUGCGUGGACUCCUCCUCUGCCAAUGGCCGAGUCUCGUUGCUGUUCGGUUCCUCCCGGGUCCCAAGUCCAAACCCAAGAUUGAACGCUUCUCGACCACUUCCACUAUAAAGACAUGCCUCGAGAGUCUCCAAAUAAUAAAAGGAGCUUCCUCAUCAGAAUCAGAUAGUUAUGGCCGGAGGAGGAGAAGGAUCAGCAGCAGCAGCAGCUGAAACCACUCGCUCUCUGCUAGACACACCCACAUGGGCUUUGGCCACUGUCUGCUUACUCUUCAUUUCUAUCUCCAUCUUCAUCGAGCACUUGAUCCACCUUCUCUGCCAUUGGCUCAAGCGGCACCGGAAGACGGCGCUGUUCGAGGCCGUCGAAAAGCUCAAAUCAGUGCUCAUGCUUCUGGGCUUCAUGUCUCUCAUACUGGCCGUGACGCAGAGAGCCAUCUCCAAGAUCUGCGUCCCAACUAGAGUCGCCAACGAGAUGCUUCCAUGCCGCAGAAGCUUGCUCACCAAAACCACCAAAUUAAAGCACGGGUUCGGCCGGACUCUGGCUGCCGAAGACGUCCUGAACGGUGUUACGUGGCAAAUGGAGAGGAGAUUGGCCGAGAGGGAGCGGAUAUUGGCCGAGAGCGGCGAUUACUGUGGUUCUAGGGGAAUGACCUCGCUCAUAUCGCAAGAAGGCCUCAACCAGCUCAGCAUCUUCAUCUUCGUCUUAGCAGUUAUGCAGAUUAUCUACAGUGUUCUCACCAUGGCUCUGGGAAGAGCUAAGAUGAGGCGAUGGAAAGGUUGGGAGAAAGAGACUCAAACGGUGGAGUAUGAAGCAGCUAAUGAUCCGAAUCGGUUCAGAUUAACAAGACAGACCACGUUUGGGCGUAGGCACAUGGGAGCUUGCACGGAGACAUCCCUGCACCUGUGGACGAAAUGCUUCUUCCGGCAGUUCUUCCACUCCGUCGCCAAAGUCGAUUAUCUCACCUUGCGCCACGGUUUCCUCUCGGCCCAUUUGUCGUCAAAUAAAACAUUCAAUUUCCAAAAGUAUAUACAAAGAUCCCUGGAGGAUGACUUCAAAGUAGUCGUUGGCAUCAGCCCUCUCAUGUGGUUCAUUGUGGUCAUCUUUAUGCUCGUCGACCUGCACGGGUGGCACGCGUACCUUUGGGUGUCGUUUAUGCCUCUAAUGAUAGUGCUGGUGCUUGGGACUAAACUGGAGGUGAUAGUAGCGAGGAUGGCGCUUCAGCUCCGAGACCAGAGCGCUGUGGUCAAAGGAACGCCGCUGGUGCAACCCAAUGACGAUCUCUUCUGGUUCAGCCAUCCAAAAUAUGUCUUGACACUCCUGCACUUCACUUUGUUCAUGAAUGCAUUUGAGCUUUCUUUCUUCAUUUGGGUCACGCUGCAAUUCGGGAUAAAAUCUUGCUACCACGAACAUUUGGAGAUAAUCAUUGUUAGGGUGGUGUUACCGGUUACUGUCCAAGUCCUUUGCAGUUACAUCACUCUCCCCCUCUACGCUCUCGUAACCCAGAUGGGAUCGCAAUUCAAAAGUGCAGUUCUGGAGGAGCAAACGGCGAACGUGAUAAAGCAAUGGCACGCGGGAGUGAGAGAGAAGAGGAAGAAACAGAAGGGGGAUUCGAGUAGUCAUGGCCGAGAGGACUAUUCAUCGACCACUAGGUAUAGCGAGACGACGACCUCGGACAUGUCUUCCUCCCACCAUCGAACGCUCACGUUUGCUGAGUUUUCCAGCACGGCCGAAAUCACCGAAGAAUGUCAAGAAAGCGGCUCCAAUCGUGAGCUUGGCCGAAACGUUGAGGCCCCAUCUGAUUUCGUGCAAAUAGAACUGUCGCAACAAGUGACCAAGGACCAUGCACAGGCAUAGAGCAGAGAAUUAAGUAUACAUAGGCCAAUUUUGAUGAAGCAUAAACAAGAGCCUUUUUUUUUUUUAACUAAAGGAAAAUGAUGGUUUGAUUUCCAUUGAUUUGUAAAUUUGUACAUCGCGAUGGAAAUGAAUCCUCCAUUUUUCAUCUAUUAUAGCUUU